UGCUAGACCUAAUAGCUAUAAUAUUUUUGUCUGAAUUUAGUUGUAAUUCUUUAUCUACUAGUGAUGCCCAUUCCUUUAAAUACUAUCUCAUGUGAAAGCUACAGUAUAACCAACAUUUGAAACAGACUAAUUAUGCCUUUAAUUUUCUCCAAAUAGAGAAUGUAACCUCAUAAUUAAUGUUAUACUAGUUCCUAGGAAUUGUCAUCUGUGUCUGUUGGGUCUACACUCAGAAAACACUUCAGAGAUUAUAUUAUAUAUUGUACCUAUAUUGCUUAUGUAUGUUGACUAUUCAUUUGGAAAAAAAAUUACUGAAUGGGUAAUCUUUCUGAAGUGAUGCUACUAUAAUAAUAGCGAUGCUAUUAUUUCUGCUGUCCUAUGAGCCCCUUUUCAGAGCAAAGGAACAUCUUUUAGAUGUUCAUCUGUUCUUUCAGGUGUCCUAUCCAUCUUUUAGAUGUAUUCCUGGGAUUUUGCAUAUAUUGUGCACUUAAAACUUUGUAUAAAAAUGAAGAGAGCAUUUUUGGAGCACUUGGAAUAAUUACUGGAGCCUGCCUGGUUUUGUGUAUCCCACAACCCUAUGAGAUAAAUACUAGCAAUCUAACUAACCAGAUAAAGAAGCCAAGAUCUAAAUCACACAAUCUCCAGCAGCAGAUUCAUAAGAUGUUGGAUCCGGCUCCUGCUUUUGGAGGCGCCCUCUGGAACUGGUUGACCUCCUCGUGCUGGUGAACAUAUUCCUCACCCACCAUACCCAUCAUUGUGAUCUUAAUCCUUUUAUUCGGACCCUGUCAUAUCUGGGUGCUGCCUGGAGCCCCGGUCUGGCUCCAAACCCAUGAAAAGUUGUCAAGCAUAAAAGCCCCCCCAAGAAUGAGAUGGAUCCUGGGGCAUCCUCCCCCGAGAAGCAGGACAAAGAGAAUUUGGUGGGCAUCAAGAGUAAAGGGCUGGGUGUGUGUGGCUGGAUCCUCUUUUCCCUUUCUUGCCUGUUGAUGGUCAUAACCUUCCCUGUCUCCGUAUGGAUGUGCUUGAAGAUCAUCAAGGAGUACGAACGCGCUGUCGUCUUCCGCCUGGGACGCAUCCAAGCCCAAAAAGCCAAGGGGCCAGGUUUGAUUCUGGUCCUGCCCUGCGUAGAUGUGUUUGUCAAAGUUGAUCUCCGGACGGUCACUUGCAACAUUCCUCCACAGGAGAUCCUCACCAGGGACUCUGUGACCACUCAAGUGGAUGGAGUGGUCUAUUACAGAAUUUACAGCGCUGUCUCAGCAGUAGCCAAUGUCAGUGAUGUCCACCAAGCCACGUUUCUGCUGGCUCAGACCACUCUGAGAAAUGUCCUAGGGACACAGACCUUGUCCCAAAUCUUAGCUGGCAGAGAAGAGAUCGCCCAUAGCAUCCAGACCUUACUUGACGAUGCCACCGAGCUGUGGGGGAUCCGGGUGGCCCGCGUGGAGAUCAAAGACGUCCGGAUUCCUGUGCAGCUGCAGAGGUCCAUGGCCGCGGAGGCGGAGGCCACCCGGGAGGCCAGGGCCAGGGUCCUUGCAGCGGAAGGAGAAAUGAAUGCUUCUAAGUCUCUGAAGUCAGCCUCCAUGGUGCUGGCCGAGUCCCCCAUCGCCCUCCAGCUGCGCUACCUGCAGACCUUAACCACCGUGGCCACGGAGAAGAAUUCCACCAUCGUGUUUCCUCUGCCCAUGAACGUGCUAGAGGGCAUUGGUGGCAUCAGCUACGAUACUAACCACAAGAAGGUCCCUAACAAAGCCUGAGGGUCUGCGGCAACCAGCACUUGCUCAGGGAGGCAUAACUAUUCCUAUGCAGAACCCAGCAAUUAGACGGGUUGAGAACUGCAACCCUAUUCAAGCAGAGUAACUCCACAGCUGGAAUAGCAUUAGCAGGGAAAUGCCAUAGAGGCUAUAAAAAGGGGGGGUGGGGGGAAGAAAAGGGCUCUAUUACUAUUACUUUCUGAGAAUGUAAAACCAUAAUUUCCAUUAUUCUAACCCAGGAGUGGCUUUCCCAGACUUAGAGCAGGGACUUUCUCGCAGUAGGGGGAAGAAAUCUUUGUGUGACUGUGACUAAGAUUUCAGAAUUACUUUUUAAUGGGUUUAAGAAGCACUCUAGAUAUUUUGCAAAGUAACACGGACCUUGUAUUUAUACUAGCUGUUUGCUUUCUAAUCCCAAAGAAAUUACUGGCUAAAUUUCCACUCGUUACAGCAAAACCACAGAAGGCUUAAAAUUAUAACCGAUUUUGGUUUUAAAGACGGAAGAGGUACUGAGGUUUCCAGCCGCAAACGGAUCAGCACCUGCUCCAGGAAGCUCGCACGCCACACUCACCUGACGAGAGUGGUGGCCGAUCUCAGCCUCCCAGCGCCUUUGUCAGAGGGUGAGACCAGACAAAAUGAGGCUACAAGCUCCAGUCAGCUGAUCUGCUUACAAGUGAGAACACGUGUAAAGGUUUUGUGGGUUGAAAUCACUGGGGACGAUCAGCCUGUGGACUUGAGGUUUUCGCCCUCUUGUUAAUCCCAGGAGCCACAGCAAUCAAGAAUUGUCUGUCAGCUCUAUUCUCCCCCUCCAAAAACAAAACAAAAAAGCCCAAACCUCUUGAGAAUAAAAAAGCUAUAGAAUGUGAAUGUAUUUAAAAAACA